UGCACCUGUUGAUCGACACGCUCUUAACGCUUCUCACAAAAGUAAUUACGAUGCCAAUUACUGCUGGGUCGUAAAAUAGGCCUAUCAAAGGUUCGGAGUGCGGAUGCAAGCCUGUAAUUGCUGCUCGGAAACCCGCAUGCGUUCAAUUGUGUGAGGAGAGCGCAUCUCCAGAGGCACACCGAGACUCCGCGCCGGAUCUUUCCUGCACUGAGACUCUGUAUCUGAAAACUGGGAAUUAACAUACAGUUAACAACAGCCAUUUGGGAUGGAGGGCACAGGCAGCAACUGGGUAGCUGAGCUCACCCCCCCGUGUACAAUACGUGAGGUGAACGGGAGCGACACCGGUCAAGUCUUCGAGGUGGCACUGCAGAACGGCUCCUCCAAGCGCAGCCCCCAGUUUGUGGGCGUAGAGCUGCUGCAGUCCUUCAAGCUGCUCAUCAUUCCCUGCUACACUCUGGUGGCCCUGGUGGGCGUCUUUGGAAACUACCUGCUCCUCUAUGUCAUUUGCCGCACCCGCAAAAUGUACAAUGUCACCAACUUUUUUAUUGGAAACCUGGCCUUCUCUGACAUGCUGAUGUGUGCUACAUGUGUUCCCUUCACACUGGCCUAUGCCUUCAACCCACAUGGCUGGGUCUUCGGCAGCUUCAUGUGCUACCUGGUGUACCUCAUCCAGCCUGUGACGGUGUACGUGUCGGUCUUCACUCUCACAGCCAUUGGUGUUGACAGAUACUAUGCCACAGUUCAUCCUCUGAAAAAGCGCAUCUCAGUCUUGGCCUGCACCUACCUUCUGUCUGGAAUCUGGCUGCUGUCCUGCAGUCUAGUGGCUCCAGCUGUGGCUCACACCUACCACGUGGAGUUUGAGAAUGAGGGCUUCACCAUCUGCGAGGAGUUCUGGAUGGGCCAAGAGAGGGAGCGUCUGGCUUACGCGUACAGCACUCUCUUUAUCACCUACGUCCUGCCUCUGUCAGCGCUCUGCAUCUCAUAUCUGUGCAUCUCUGUCAAACUGCGGAACUGUGUCGUACCUGGCCACCACACCCAGAGCCAGGCGGAGGCUCAGCGCAUGCGCAAACGCAAGACCUUCCGGCUGGUGAGCCUGGUGGUGGCAGCCUUUGGCGUCUGCUGGAUGCCCAUCAGUGUGUUCAACGUGCUGCGUGACAUUGACAUCGACUUGAUUGAUAAGCGGUACUUUCUGCUCAUUCAGCUGCUCUGUCACCUGUGUGCAAUGAGCUCAUCCUGCUGUAACCCUUUCCUCUAUGCCUGGCUGCACGACCGUUUCCGCGCUGAGCUCCGCAAAAUGUUCACAUGCCGCCGUCGCAUCGGCAUCUCGGCCAACAACUGCGCCACAGCCAGUGUGGUUUUGUGAAGUUCCUGUUUAGGCUACUGUUAAUCCUUGCUUCUUUGGCACUAGCGUAUCCUCAUCCCAUUCUGGUAAUAUUUGGUAAUGCAGAAUUAGAUAGUUAUAAAUUGGUAGGAUUCCUAAGUCUGUAUGGUGUUCUAGCUUUCAUUUAAGGUUGCCACGUUAUUUGCUCCAUAAUUCAGUAGCACAGUGUCAAAAAUGUUGCCAUGUAGUUUCCAAAUACUCACAAAAGAGUACUCCACCAAUUUGGCAUUGCACUCCUUUAAGAUUGUCGGACUCACGGCGGAUAGUUUGAAAAGAAAAAAAGAAUCAACAUCACAUCAGCAAAACCAGAUUUGUCACCUUUUUUAUUCCACACACUCUUCUUCCUUGUCAAAACCAGCUUCCUACAUACACAAUGCAUGAAGAGAUGUAACUUGAGGCAAUUUGUCUGAUUUUAAGUGGCUACUUCUGGAGGUUUCAUACAGGUUUUUUCACAUUAUGCAGUAGAAUUCUGCAAGACCUGUAAACAGACUUUGAUGUGUAAAAUUGUUGGGGUUCUCUUUUAAGUCUGAACACAGUAAGUUGUCUCAAUACUUAAUUACUUCCUCUGCCAUUGUGUGGCUCUCAGCAAGGAGCCAGAGCAUUGUUAAUUAAGGCACAAAACUAACAUAUAAACUUAUAUGUACAAAUAUAUACUUUCAUUUUAUGUAAUUUGCCAAAACAGCUGGGCGCUGUAAUGUUAAGCAACAAUUACUCAAGCAGCAGUAAAUUAUGAAUUUGUUGGUGGCUAUUUUCAGCUGUGGAUAUGGUGUUAAACAACAGUGCCCCUUUCAUCAUAAUGAGGGAAGAUGUCAGUCAGUGCAACGGUGAAUCUCAUUGAUGAGUUUUUGAAUAGGAAAACAAUGAGGGUCUGUGCACAGAGGAGCAAGCUGUAUCUGGCUUUAGAUACUCAAUACUUGUUAGUUGGAUUAAUUCAUUGUUGGUUUUGUCAUUGCAUGUGAUUUGUUGACCUGACAAACAUACAGUUCAGUCCUAUUGCUUUGAGGUUCGAACAUUUGUAAAACAGCCUCUUGUAAUUGCCAUGAAAAAAAAUGAAAGGUUCAGUGUGUAAGUUUUAGUGGCAUUUAGUGGUGAGGGUUGCAAAUUGCAACCAGAGGCUUUGUGCUCCUGAUGGAAACGGCAAAAUUUGAAAAAAAAAAUCCUUAAUUUUCUUGAGGUGGUUUUUGCCUUUGUCGAAAAACAGUUAAUCGGCUGUUUCCGCUGUCGGCAUCUUGCUGGAUAUUCCCAUAAUGUGUGGAGACAUGGCUGGUAGCAAAUUGUACGCUUGAAGCACAUAUGCCUGAGGACCUCUCUCCAUUUUUCUAAGAUCAAGGGAACUCGCCCCUGGUUUAUUCACUCCGAACCAACUGAUGGAAACGCACAUAUUUCGCAUUUACUUUUUAGCGACAUUUCAAAAAUCCACUUAAAAUUCGCAUGACAAUUAGAUGGAAACGUACUGCUUUUAAGUUGGAAUGUGGAACCAACGUGGACGCUAAUAAAAAGACGUGUUGGAUUAGCGUUGUCAGUUUAUACAUCUAGUUUAUACAUGCACAGCAAAUUAACAGUUAUAACCAUAUUACAAAUUAUGUGUAUGUAAAAUAUGUAUGCAAUACGCGAUUUUGCACAAAUCAAAGUUCUGUAUACUUCUUUACGUCCCAUGUACACUUUAUUACUCUUUUUGUAAUAAAGAUUUAAGGAGCUACUGUAGAAACAUCGCAGCGCAACAUGGUGACAUCCAUGUAAGAGGACCCACGGUUUAAGUAGAUAAAAAUGGCUCAUUCUAAGUUAAUAAAAACAUAACGUUCGUUAUGCAAGGUCUUUAUACACCACUGAAAACUUAGUUAUGCAGAUUAUAUUGCAUUUCUGUGAAUAGAUCCUCCUAAAUAUUACACACUGAACCUUUAAAGAAGGAUUUGCAAACUUACUAUUAAAAUUAUUACCCUUAGCCUGAAAUGCAGCUGUACAAUAAAAUAUGCUUUGGAUGUUUCCAUGGUAACAUGCGUUUCUUAUUCUUGUUGGUUUAUUAUAUAGAUAUAUUAUGUGAGUAACAAAUUUACUAAACUUAAAACAGCUGGAAGUAGGCAAACACACCUGAUUAAGACAUCAGAUGAAGCAAUUAAACAUAUUUCAUUUACAAAUAUAGGUUAUAGUUCCUUAAAACCAUGGAUAAAAUAAUUGCAGAUACAAACAAUGGUGAAUU